UUCGUAAGAAUUGACUUCUAUGCAAUUCGGAAUUCAUUUUCAUUUAGUAAUUCCUUUAGCGGUUGCAAAAGGCGCUCGUUUUCAUACAGAGUAUUUUAUCUAUUUUUUGUAUGAGCAAAGAGAGAAAUAAAGUUCCAGCCCAUUAGUUGAAUUACAAAUUUAUUGUUGUAAGAAGCAGAAAGAGCUGCUAAUUUCUGCUAGUGAAAUUUUUUCUAACAAAUAGGAAUAGCUGUCAUAUAAAGAAACAGCUGAUAAAAGACAUAUUUAAACAGCCAUAUUUGCUUUGAUUUCGUUUAUUUUAAUAGUGAAAUAAGAAUUAUACUUGUUAAGUUUCAAGUGUUAAUUUGAUGUGAUUAUUAAAAACAUUUUGAUGAUUUCUUGUAAAUUCUGCAAGUUUUCCCGUUCCUUUUUUUCAUAUUUCGCUCUCUUCAAUUACUCAGUUUUGUUCCUCCUGAUUGCUAGCAGCAACUAGCAGUUGAGAAACAAACUAUUAAUUUAAAAUAUUUCUAAAUGCCGCGAAAUCGGAAGUGUUGUGUGCGGGAAUGCUAUAACAAUAACAACACGUCCAUUUUGUUCAGUUGGCCGAAAAAUGAACAAAUUGCACAAAAGUGGUGCCAAAGUCUGGACUUCGAAGGAAGGAAAAUAGCCCCCUCAAACACUUUUGUUUGUGCAGUGCAUUUUGAGGAUUAUGCACUGGGAACUAAGAAAUUGAAAGAUGGAGCUGUUCCAACUUUAAAUCUUCAUAUCGAAUUUGAUGCCAGUUUGGCCGAUGAAGAAAGACGUUUCUAUCUCAGGGCAUAUCCCUCUGUGGAUCUGGUGCGUGAGCGUAAGGUGCACUGUACUGUCUGUAAGACUCAUAUCGGAACUGCACCUAGUCAAGAGGAGAAUAUCCGCAUGCAUCCAGUGUUACGUGUAACACACUGCUUGAAAUGCCACGACUUCUAUAACAGCGGCGAAUUCAGUAAAGGCGAAGAUGGCUCAGAACUAUAUUGUCGUUGGUGUGGCCAAGGUGGCGAAGUUUACUGCUGCUCAAGCUGUCCCUACGUAUUCUGUAAAUCAUGUAUCGUUAAGAACCUGUCUCGCGGUGUAGUAGUAGAUAUUGAACAGAAUGAAAAUUGGAAUUGCUUUAGCUGCGCACCGAAAAUUCUUUGGCCAUUGCGUGCACAACAUUGGGCACUAAUACGUUACAUAGACAAACAAAAGAAGUAUAUCGAUGUGAAUCACCCUAACGAAUCUGAAAAGAGGGCGCUUUUGUCACAGGACCGUUCAACAUGCUGUCGUCUUGCCAAAUCGAAAUGUGGAAACAUGUCCGACUCUAUGGAAAGUCUAGAUUCUGCAACAUCUCGACGCAGUCAAAGCAGUUCUAGCGCAAAAAAACAUUCGAAAUCGCCAGGUAAUCAUCCACAAGUACCCCCUGCCAAACGUAUGAAAAACUCAAAUGAUGAAGUUGUUUGUACACCUGAUUUGCUGAGCAUGUUGGAACCGGAUUGUCAAAUUACUGUGCAACAGAAGACACGUCCCGCACCUUCGCCCAUUACUUCAACUCCGAAAAUUAUAUCAUUACAAACGCACUCGUCAUCUCCGAACAGUAGUGGCAUUACACUGAAACCACAUAAUAACACUCCACCACCAUUGGUACUACGUAACACCGGCAUACCGAUCAGACAUCCCUCGCCUGCACCAAUUGUACGACGUACAAUUAUCGGUGCACGAAAUGCGCCAACAACCGGAAAUCAUACGCCAGUUUAUCACACUAUUAACGGUUAUCGCAUCGAUCUUAAUUCGGCAGCACAACAAGAAACAUUCCGUUUGCCCAAUGGCAAACUGAUACAGGUGAAACGGCAGGGCACAAAUCAACCACAGCCCAGCACUCCAUCACCGAGUAAUGCUUGGAUGCGGCAGGCAAGCCCCAUAACAGCUAUACAACAUGCGGCGAGUGGACGUCCUGUUCAAAUAACCCCAGCCCGUACAUAUUAUUCUGUAUCGCAACAACACCAGCAAAAUUCAAUGCAACAGCCGCAAAUGAUACGGUAUAGUAAUACAACUGUGACACCGGUUAGCGGUCAAAAUGGUGCUAUUCGAGGUACACAAAUACAAUUGAUCAAUGGUGUGCCUGUAGCGCCAACAGCUGCGCCUGCAACAGUUAAUUCUGCAACUGCUGUGCGUGCACCGGUCAUGGUGCGUCACGUGUUCCCCGACACUGCCAUCGGUCAAGCGCGUUCCCAGUUACAGGAUCAAGUCUUCAAUGCCAUGGAGAUUUGCCAACAUCUUACUGGUAAAGUACAAACACUGACCAACUCGAAUGCUUACAAGCAGGCGCGCAAUUAUCUUGAAGUCAAAGAACUCUACAUACAUCUCUCAUAUCUGUUGACAUAUGCAAUUGGGCGUUUUAAGGGACUGCAGGAUAAAUGCUUGGGUGAUAUGCGACAAUUAGGAUUUGUUAAUGAUGCGGAUAGCUUGGAAAACGGCCAAUUGGCUGCAGACAAACAAGCUAGUGACGAUGAGGAUAACGAAAUCGAGAUUGUGGAACCUAAAACGGACACCAUUACGCUUGACUCGGACAAUGAAGACGAAGCGCCAGUCAAGCAAACAGACACGCCGAAACCCCCACAAUUGGUUACAAUUAUUAACACUGCCGCCAGCAGCAAUUCUGCGUGCCAACUCAGUCCAAAUGAUAAUCGUCAAAAAUUGAUAUUAAAAGAACAGCUGACGCUUCCUAAAGGCACUACGAUUGUGCCCACUGCACCAGUGCCGAGCUUAAAUAAGCUGCCGUCGCCUUCCAACAGCAUAGCCGUUACGAUCAAUAAUUCCAAUGAGGAGAAUAAUGCAAUGGAAGAGGUCGAUAUGAUGUCGGCGGCGAAGAAAUUUCUCGUCAGUCUUUUAGAAGUGGACUCAGAUGCAGCUGAAGGCAGUUGGUCUGCAGAUGGUAGCGAGCAGCAACAGCAACGCAAACAACCGCGCAAGAAAACGACCAACAAGCCAAAUCCGACGCUGUUGAAGCAGAAGGAGAUGCUUGAACGUGAGCGUUUGGAGGAGAUGAAACGUAACGAUUUGAAAUUGAAAAUGAAAUGCGCCAUAUCAUUGAAGAAGGCCGAAGAAGAAUACCCAUUCGCAAAAGAUAUGCUGCAACAGCACGAAAAUGAGUCAAAGGCUGAAAAGUGCGCUGGCGAAACGCAGCGCUCGGCAUCCGAGGAGAAGCAAGAGGAAGUGGCUACAUGUGUCGACAAUGGCGACACAAAGAAGCCCGAUGAGAGCAAUGAAGCUGGUAAUGAAAAUGAUUCGGGUGAUAUGGAAAUACUAACGGUGGAUUUGGAGAGUUCCAUUGAUGAUGGUAAAGAGACCGAAAUAGUGUUGGAAGGCGAAAAGUCCCCAGCAGAGAAGUCUGUUGAAGGCGAGAAUAAUGGAAGUGCCGAAAAAUAUACUAUUGUCAUGGAUGACGAGGAUGAGGGCAAAGAGAAAUCGCUGAUUAUCGAAGUUGAAGGCAAUAGCAGCAGUGAGAAGGAGUCACUGCAAGUGGUUAUCGACGAGAACACAGCGAACAGCAAUGACGACAGCAACGAAAAGUGUACGAAAACGAAGAUGGAAACCGUAAGCGAGUGCGCAAAACGUGUAAUUGAGGGAUUGCAAGCAAGUGAAAAGCAGAAAGAAAUUGAGAUGAAUGAGCAACAACAAACUAAAGUGGCGUCACCAGACAUGGUAAGCAGCGUUGAUAAUGCAUCCGCCGACGACAUUAUCGAACCGAUUGUCGUCGAAGAAUCUGAUGUAGCCGACUCGGAGGAUUCGCCCAUUAAGCAAAAAAUGUCGGAGGUUACUAAUGAUUACGCUGUUACCACCGCAAACUCAACAGAAAGUGCGGCAGCCGACGAUGUGAUAGCUGCUAGGCGCGAGGCGCCCACAAACAGCGGUUUGGUAGCAUGCGCUAUUAAAGCAGCUACUGAGAGAGAAACCAACGCCGUUGAAUUGAACGAGCCCGAAAUCGAUGUUGAAAAAGAAAUCGAAAUGUUACUGAUGAAGAAGGCACAAUUGCCUGAGGCUGAAACCAACACCAACACUGAAGCAAGUAGCGCAGCUGCUGACACGCAAGCCGAAAAAGCGCCAAUAGCGCAACCCGUUACACCUGAGCUUUUGAGCGACUUGGCCGACAACUUAUUGGAGAGUGCGAGAGCAACGCAUCCGUAAAGUGCGCAAUUAUUUAACUAGGUAACUGCAGUUAUUGCCACUUCGAUUUUUCGAUUUUUUUUUUAAGUUUUGUAUAUCUUAGCAUUUAACAUAUAUUUUAUAAUGUAUCCAAGCUAUACAGAACUACUUAGACUUAGUCUUUGUACGCCUGUGCGUAUAGAUUUUUAAGUUGUUAUUACAUUUACGCCUUUAAAUCAUGAAUAGGUUUAUGCCAUUAACUGUUAAAAUUGCUAAGAAUAUUUAUUUACACUCAAUAAUGAGUGGUAAAACAGCAAAUAUUAUUUUUAAUUUACAAUUUUCUGUAAAAUAUGCUGAAUUUUUUAUGCUGGAAUUAAAUGCGUGUAAAGCGCAAGCGUAAAGGUGUGUGAAAGGUCACACACAUACAUAUGUAUUUAUGAUUGCCGUUAAACUAUUGCAGUAUACUUCAGAAAUAGGCAUAUUAAUAGUUUCCUAAUGCUUCGCAUUAACUUUGAACUGUUUAGAAUAAAAAAAAUAUUCAAUAAUU